AUGCCCCGCGGCGCCAUGCGCGUGGAGGGCGAUGACCGCGGCCUGCCCGACACGAAGCGCUUCCUCGCGCUGCUCGACGCGCUCCGAGCCGGCGUCACGCCGCCCGGCGGCGGCACGAGCAACGACAGCGAGCGCCACGAGCUGGCGCUGGCGGCGGAGCUCUUUGAUUGGUCGAAGCCGCUGGUGGUAACCAGAGCGCCGGGGCGCCUGGAUGUGAUGGGCGGCAUUGCUGACUACUCCGGCUCGCUCGUGCUUCAGAUGCCAACAGCAGAGGCGUGCCACGUGGCCAUUCAGGUCAUCCGCGCACCCCCUUCCGCCCCCUCCGCCCCUCCCACGUCCCCUGGGCCUCCCCCGUCACUGCGCAUCGUCUCCCUCUCCGCCGCCGCCAACCACCGUGUGCCCUCUGUCUCCCUGCCCCUCGCCCGCCUGCUCCCCGCCCUCUACGCCUCGCCCCCCCACUCCGCCCCCUGCGCCCUCGACUAUGCCUCCGCCCAUGCGCUGCUGGCAGGAGGGCCAGCGGCGGGCGAUGAGGGGGAGGAAGGGGCAGCACAGGCGAGAGAGUCGGGAGAUGAAGGCGGAGGGGGGGGCGGGGGUAGCAGGGAGGGGGCCGAGGAGAGUGGUGCAGCAGAGCAGGGGGGAGGGGGAGGGGCAGGGGGGACACGGCGUGGAUGGGGGGGGGGGGGCGCGCAGGGCGAGAGCGGGGCGUUGGGCAGAGUGCAGGGGGUGGCGGUGGUGGUGGCAUCAGAGGUGCCGGAGGGCGUGGGCGUGGCAUCGUCAGCAGCGGUGGAGGUGGCGAGCAUGAUGGCUCUCAUGCACGCCCUGGGCAUGCACGUGCCCCCCUGGCACCUCGCCCGCAUGUGCCAGAUGGUGGAGAACAGGGUGGUGGGCGCCCCCUGCGGCAUCAUGGAUCAGAUGGCCGUCACGCUCGCGCGCCCCGCCUCGCUGCUGGCGCUGCUGUGCCGCCCCGCCAGCGUGCAGGGCUGCCUGGCGCUGCCCCCCCACGUGGCGCUGUGGGGCAUCGACUCGGGCGCGCGCCACAGCGUGGGCGGCGCGGGGUACGGCGGGGUGAGGGCCGCGGCAUUCAUGGGACUCACGCUUAUCAACGUCGCUAGUGGAGAAAGCAGUGAAGCUUCUACGAGCGUGAGUGCAGCACCGCAUGAUCUGGCACCAGCAGUAACGCAGCCGCUUUCAUGCCUCUGUGAACUGGACCCGCACAGCCUGCCCCUACUGGAGCCCAUACUGCCCGCCACCAUGCACGGCAGCGCCUUCCUCGCCCGCCACGCGUCCCACGGCGACCCCGCCACCACGGUGGCUGCUGAUCUGCACUACCCUGUGCGGCCCGCCUCUCGCCACCCCGUCAUGGACCACUUCCGCACACGCUGCUUCCGCUCCCUGCUGCUCACACACGUGGAGCACAAGGAGGGGGGGAAAGAGGUUCAGGGGAAAGGUGUAGAGGGCGAAGGGGAUGAGGGGGCGGAUGAGGGUGGGGGCGCUGUGUCAGGCGGAGGGAGGCUUGAGCAGAUGGCGUUGCUGGGGGAGCUGAUGAUGCAGAGCCAUGCGAGCUACACGGCGUGUGGGCUGGGGUCGCCUGCCACGGACCUCAUAGUCGCCCUCGCUCGCACACACAUGGGCCCGCAUGGACCACUGUGGGGCGCCAAGAUAACGGGGGGAGGCAGUGGCGGCACGGUGUGUGUGCUGGGGGACAGCACGGCAGCGGCGCAGGCAGCGGUGGACGACGUAUGUCGGCGCUUUGAGAAUUCCACGGGGCAUCGCCCUCACCUCUUCCGCGGCUCCUCGCCCGGCGCUGCUCACUUCGGCCACCUCGUCCUGUACCCGCUCUAG